AUGUCGGAAGGUGGAGAGGUUCAGACCCAGGUUCAGACGCAGAAUCAAACGAGUUCGUCCUCUAGAGGAGGCCGGAGAGGCAGGUCGGGAAGAGGAAGAGGCGAUCGUGGCCAAGGUAAUGGUGGCCGGCGAGGUGGUGGCAGGAAUGCCGCCGCUCAGCCUCAGAAUCAGAAUCAGAAUCAGACGGCGGUAGCCUCUGAGACGAAUUCAACUCAGCAGACCGCACCUGAAAGCUCAGCGUCCGGCUCAAGCAGGAGAGGGAGAGGCCGUGGCGGUUCGCGAGGCGGUCGAAGAGGCGGCGCGAGCCGUGGUGGCCCCGGAGGAGGAGCCCCCAUCUCCGGAACUCAACGCACAUUUGGAGGCCGCUUAACCACAGCCGCCAACGAUGGUGGGAGUUCCGCACCAGAUUUGAGUGCUGAGGCACCAGAUUUCAUCCCGGGUCAGCCUGUUCCUCAGCGAGCCGCGCGUGCUCCUAAGCAGAAGAAACCUCAGUACCCUUUAGCACCAAAGUCCACCGCCGCGGAUUUGCCAACAAGGAUUCACGAGGAUAUCAGCAACGGCCAGUAUGAAUGUGUCAUCUGCUCCAGCGAAGUACUCCGGCCAUCUCGAGUCUGGUCUUGUACAGUAUGCUGGACGGUGCUGCACUUGUCUUGCGUGAAGAAAUGGUACACGAGCCAGCUCAAGAAGGACGACGAUACGCACUCGUGGCGUUGCCCAGGAUGCAAUUCCAACCUGACGGAGGAGCCUACCACAUAUCACUGUUGGUGUGGCAAAGACAUUAGCCCCAGAAACGUCCCUGGUCUGCCUCCGCACUCUUGCGGGCAGACCUGUUCGAAGCCUAGAUCGACAUGCCCGCAUCCUUGUUCCCUCGAAUGUCACGCCGGUCCUUGUCCUCCUUGCACGUUGAUGGGACCGACCCAAUCGUGCUUCUGUGGCAAGCAUGAGGUUACGAAAAGAUGCAUUGAAACCGACUACGGCAACGGAUGGAGCUGUAAAGAGAUUUGUGGAGAUCUGCUGCCGUGUGGCGAACACUUCUGCGAGAUGCCAUGUCACGCUGGCUUGUGCGGUAGUUGCGAAAUCCCAAUGCAGUCGAGAUGUUAUUGCGGAAAGGAGCACAAGGAGAUUCCCUGUGAACAACGAGGGGACUUGGAGCUGUCAUUCAAUUAUGGGCAAGUUUCCAACUCAGACUCAGAAGAUAUUUCUGAGGAGAGCUGGUUUGAUGGAUCUUUCGACUGCGGCUCGACCUGUGGCAGAAAAUACGAUUGCGGUCAUCACGCAUGCGAGAAGACUUGCCAUCCCCAGGAUGAGGUGGCGGCGCACUGCCCAUUCUCCCCAGAUGUCGUCUUGAACUGCCCUUGCGGCAAGACACCCUUGGAGGAACUCCUCGAUCAACCGAGACAGUCUUGCCAGGAUAAGAUUCCGCACUGCAAGAAGACUUGCGGAAAGAAGCUGUCUUGCGGUCACAAAUGCGUCGAUACUUGUCACACCGGUCCAUGCAACCCAUGCUUCCAGAAGAUGGAUAUCGUGUGUCGUUGUGGCCGCACCACUAGCUCUUCUCUCUGUCACCAAGGCGACAUCGCUACGCCAAUGUGCAUGAGGGUAUGCCAGGCCCAGCUCAAUUGCGGUCGUCACAAGUGCGGCGAGCACUGCUGCCCUGGUGAAAAGAGAGCAAUCGAGAGGCAGGCCGCGAGGAGGAAACAUAGGCCACAGAUUACGGAUGAAGUGGAGGCGGAGCACAUUUGUGUUCGCGUUUGUGGAAGGACAUUGAAGUGCGGAACGCAUCAGUGUACGCAGAUCUGCCACCCCGGACUGUGCCCAAGCUGUCUUGAGGCAGUCUUUGAAGAAAUCAGCUGCGCGUGUGGAAGGACCGUCCUUCAACCCCCUCAGCCCUGCGGAACUCGACCCCCUGAGUGCCGUUUCGACUGCACAAGACCACCGCCAUGUGGUCACCCUUCGAUCAAGCACAACUGUCACCCCGAUGAUGUCCCUUGCCCGAAGUGCCCAUUCCUCGUGGAGAAGGAUUGUAUUUGCGGCAAGCAGCGUAUGAAGAACCGGCCAUGCUGGCUGGAGGAGACUCGUUGUGGUCUUCCUUGUGGCAAAAAGCUCAAGUGCGGCACCCAUACUUGCAGAAAAGAAUGCCAUCGCCCCGGCGAGUGCGAGGACGCCGAUAUCCCCGGCUCGCAUUGCGCGCAGUCGUGUGGCAAGACACGCAAGUCCUGCGAGCAUGCCUGCCAGGACUCCUGCCACGCGCCUUAUCCAUGCAAGGAAGACCGCCCAUGCCAGAGCAAGACCUUCAUUACCUGCGACUGCCAGCAUCUCAAGAAAGAGGUAAAAUGCCUUGCCACGAAGACCAACCCGACUCCAGAGCGCGAGACCCUGAAAUGCGACGACGAGUGCCUUCGUCUUCAGCGUAAUCAACGUCUUGCCGCCGCCCUCAACGUCGAUCCUGACCACACGGACGACCAUAUCCCCUAUUCCGAAACUACUCUUAAGCUCUUCCGCGAGCUCCCCCUUACCUGGGCCCAGAACCAGGAGCGCGAAUUCCGCGUCUUUGCCUCAGAGCCGUCCGAGAAGCGCCUGCGCUUCAAACCUAUGCCCUCGUUCCAGCGCGCCUUCGUGCAUGCUCUGGCAGAGGACUUUGGUUUCGACUCGGAGAGCCAGGACCCGGAGCCCCACCGCCACGUCUCCGUCUUCAAGACGCCGCGAUUCGUUUCCGCCCCGAAGAAGACGCUGGCGCAGUGCGUCAAGAUCCGCAGCGAUGCCGCCAAAUCUGCCGCUACGAUGUCCGCGUCUUCGGCAGCGGCCGCCUCCGUCCCGGAGCCCUUCAACGCCCUCCUCCUGACCGCCCCGCGCUUCGGUCUUACGAUUGACGAGGUUGAGGCCACCAUUGCGACUCAUCUGAAAUCCUACAACAAUCUGUCCUUCACAACCUCCUUCCUUCCCUCCGACGAAAUACUCAUACGCGCGGUUCCCGUCACUUCAUGGGGUACGACUCCCUCGGCAGUCGAAUCCUCCCUUUCGUCCCUAAAACCGCUCGUCACUCGCACCGUGACGAAGGAAGGCCUCGCCGCGUCCGCGAUCCUCGUCCACGCCGACACGAACCUCAACGUGCUCCGCCGUGAGGGUGCCACGGCCGACGCAGGCGGAUGGAAUGCCGUUGUCGGCCGAGCAGCGGCACAGCGUAGGACGUUGGCGUCGGCUAAACCUGCCGAUUCCCGCCCUUCCAGCGGCUUCGUGAGCUUCUCCAAGCUCUCGAGGAAGAAGGUCGUCGAGGACUCCGUCGCAGACGACUGGGAGGCGGCCGCUGACAGCGAGGAGUGA